AUGGCAAAGAAGAAGACCUCCCGCAAGCCGCCCUACAAAGGGCCCGAUCGACUCACCGCCCUUCCCUCGGAGCUCUUCGAGAAGUUCGGAGACCACCUUGACUCCACCGACGUUCUUAAGCUGCGCCUAGUCAAUAGAACUAUCCAUGCCAAGACCACCAAGAGCUUCAGCGAGAAGUUCACGCGCAGCCUUACUAUCGAGACCAGCAGCGAUACCAAGGCGUCGGAGAUGGUGUUGCGCUUGCUUGGCUGCGAUGUCAUGGCGAACACGGUCAAAGUACUGCGCCUUGUGCAUUCGAGCAGCAGCAUUGUCGAUGCCGAGCGCGAUCACGACUUCUUCGUGGAAGUCAUGGGCAAGAUCCGCGUCUCGCUGGAGCGGGUGAGCAUCGUUGGGGACUCGUCAAGGGCCCAGGGCGACACGGUACUUUCCACGGCCCCGUACCAACUUAUCCGUGCACUCAGCACUUCCGGGAAGUCGCUUUCGAUCCUGACACUCUCCAACGUCGGCGUCGACCACAGCUUGCUUCAAGCUCUCUUCGAAGCCCAGAAGACCAGUCUGGAGCGUCUCGACAUCGAGAAGAGCAUGCUGCAGGGUGGCGGUCUAAGCCUUCUGCGAGUCUUCACCGGUGAUGGGUCCAGAUUGAAGCGCAUAUAUCUGACCGAGGUCCGCGAGUCGGCCCAUCCAAUGCAAAAGGUGGUGUUCGCACCGAAGAACCUUCUCAAGGCUGUCAGGAACCCCAUUACCAACCGCUUCGAGGAUUACAAGCUUCAAGGAAACACGGCGUGGUUCAUGGGAACGGAGGGUGUGAAGGUCGGAAUGAAGGCGGUGUUUGGCUAG